ACCCUAAGAAAUAUUACAGUGGAAGAGCCACUACUACCCCAAGUACUAGCCCUUGUUUAGAUGUAACUUUCAAGUCGAGUCGAUGUAAUUCAGCAUACCUGUUCCAGUUGUACAACUGAAAAUAAAGUUAAAUAGCUGACAGCCACUACAUCAUAAUAUAUAAAGUUUCAAUAUUUUCAGGAAAGUCAUCAGAUUGAAGGCAGCAAUUGAAAUUUGAAUUAGCAGAGGUUGGUUGUUAUAAUUAUAAGUUUCUGUGGACGUUAGGCAGAAGUUUUAAAAUGUCUAAAGAGUCCUUCCAAUCUGAAUUUGAAAAAGCUGUUCAAAUUAGAAAAACAACAGUCGAGUACAACAAAAUCGGAAUAGAAUGCGAGGUUUGCGAGAAAAUCUUCUUCAGGACCCACAACUUCACAGUCCAUAGUUGCGAGCAAGUGUUAAAAAAUAUUGUGUGUAUAGUUUGCCAGAAAAGAUUCUCAUCACAGUCCCGUUUAAAGCGUCAUUUGAUGGUCCAUUCGGGGGAAAAACUGUGCGAAUGCGAGAUCUGCAAACGGCGUUUCGCUCAAAAAUCCGACCUCACGAGACAUCGCAUGCUUCAUGCGGAAGUUCGCGUUAAUCCUUUAACAAACGAAAAAUCUUGCAAAUGUCGAUUAUGCGGGAAGGUGUUUCGAUCCACCGUAAACAUGGGAAUCCACCUUGCUCGCCAUAAGGUUGCUAAACCCUACAGGUGUAGAAUAUGUCAGCGAGGGUUUUCCAUUAAGUACAAUUUGAAACGUCAUAUGGACAUCCACCGAUAUCGGAAAAUGUUCAAAUGCGAGACGUGCGGGAAGUCUUUCCUUUCGAAAAUCAGCCUAGAAAAGCACAUGGAAGUCCAUGUAGAAAGUGCCCUUAAUGAAGACCCCCUUUCCAAACAAAAUCUCAUGUUACAGUGUCAAACGUGUUCCAGGAUUAUUUUGCACAAGUCCCAGCUACAGAGACAUUCUACAAACCAUCCAAAUUUUUUAUGUUUAAGUUGUAAAGAAUAUUAUAUGAAUUGUAAGUGUUCUGAAGAUCACAUUGACGAUAGCGAAGUAUCGAAAACCAGAAAUACCUACUCAAAAUCUAAAGGUAUUAAAACUGAAGACAGUGGUGUUCAGAAUCGUGCAAUUGUCACAGAUUUAGAUGAUCAGAUCAAGGAAGAACCUGCUAGAAUAUGCAAAAUUGAUAUGUUUAAUGACACAGAUCAAAAGUCCGUUGUUAGUGUUGCAAAAAAUGAACUCGAUGUUGAUGGAGGCGUCGUCAAAACCGAAUAUGAUCCUGUCGUAUUUAAAGAAAUAGAUGUUGAUGGAACCAUCAUCAAAACCGAGUAUGAUCAUGUUGAGUUUAAAGAAAAAGAUGAACCUGUGGAACUCGAAUUUUUGAAUCCAAAAGAGGAAUAUGUCGAUGUUGACGAGAAAUCUGCUAAAUAUGGAAAAAUAUUUAUAGAAGAAUCCUAAGAACUUCAGAAGACUGUGUUAGAUUUUGUACCUAGUACCUACGUGAAGAGAAAAAGUGCAAGAACUUAAAUCAAAGUUGUUUGUCGUUGUUAUUAACAUCCAAUUUCGAAGUACUGUUUAUUUUUUUUAAUCGUUUUACGACACCUACGAAUUGACGUUUGUUUAUACUAAAGCCUGUUUCUCAUGUUGGUUCGAUAAAUAAAUAAACGUUUA